UAAAGGAAACAAUCAAGGAUCAGCUUUAAGGAUCUGAAGGCUUUUGACUAUGGGGCUGAGGCACAUUUGUGUUGGAUUGGUGUUUAUUCUUGCGGUUUGCUUGUCUGAAGCACAAUGGCAAAGAAGAUCAACACCUAAUCAGUCCUCAGUCCCUAAACGGUUUGAAAACAGGAUCCCUCAGGUUCCCCAGAGAUUUGACCCCAGUAAUCCUGUAUUUGCCAACCAAAGAUUUUCUGCUCCUUUUCCUGUCCAGACGCCAGCCAGGAGUGACCUUGGAAAGCCUUCUCAAGAUCUUUUGGGUGUUCAGUCAAAAGAACUGCUGAUGGGUCCAGUGCAAAAACUGACAUGGCGUUUUCCAAGCCUACCAGAAGAACCACAGCAGCCAGAUGUUCCAUUUGAUUUGCGCUUUCCUGUCCCUGCCAACAGUGUAGCGGCUCGGUGUGCUGAAAACUCCGUAUAUGUGGAGGUGAUGCAAGACUUCUUUGGGAAUGGGAAGCCACUGAGGUCAUCUGGUUUUACACUGGGAGGCUGUACUGCAGCUGGAGGAGACACUUCUGCUCAAGUGCUCAUCUUUGAGUCAGAACUGCAUGGAUGUGGUAGUACACUAAAGGUGACUGAAGAUGAGCUUGUCUAUAUGUUCAAACUUGUGUAUGCCCCACAAGCGGUUUCAUAUGGUGUUCCUAUUGUUAGGAGCAGCAGUGUGGUGGUUGGCAUCGAGUGUCACUAUUCAAGAAAGCAUAAUGUGAGUAGCGAUGCCUUAAUGCCCACUUGGAUCCCAUAUGCCACUUCUGAAGUUGCAGAGGAGAUCUUUGUUUUCUCCCUCAGGCUCAUGACUGAUGACUGGCGAUUCGAGAGACCUUCAAACCAGUACUUCCUGGGUGAUAUCAUAAACUUUGAGGCGUCUGUGCAGUCAUACAGCCAUGUUCCCAUCCGUGUAUUUGUGGACAGCUGUGUGGCUACAACAGUCCCUGAUGUUGCGUCUGUCCCCAGAUACUCCUUUAUCGAGAACAAUGGGUGCCUGGUUGAUGCCAAGCUCACAGGCUCCAGGUCUCGCUUUAUGCCCCGAAGUCAAGGUGAUAAGCUGCAGUUUCAGCUGGAGGCAUUCAGGUUCCAUCAAGCAGACAAUGGACUGGUCUACAUCACAUGCAUUUUGAAAGUGGCUGCAGCAACUACUCCAAUAAGUCCUGAACAGAAAGCUUGUUCGUUCUCUGCUAAUGGGUGGGUGUCCGCAGAUGAUUCUCACCAGGUGUGUGGCUGCUGUGACACCACCUGUAGUACCAGAAGUGGAAGUGAUCCGAUUCUUAAAGAUCUGCGGUGGGAUAGAGCAUCUGUUGGACCCAUUAAUGUUAAGGAACAUGGCUAUGGCCGAAAAUAACUGGAAAUGCCAUGUGACUUCUGUAAAUUAAAUAAAAGAAUUUAGUCUUAA